AUGGCGGUGAAUCUGAAGGAGUAUCUUCCUUAUAUCAAAUCGUUCUUUGUUGGGUGCUGUUUCUUUUUACUAUUAGUUGGGUAUCAGACCACGCAAAAUUUCCAGUCUGGAGUGAACAAGACAGAUGGGUAUAUAUCGAUAGCACUUGUCUAUGGGUGUUAUGGGAUAUCGCAGUUUUUCACUCCGUUUUUGGUCCACAUAUUAUCUCCGAAGUUCUCGUUGUACUUUGCUGGUGUUUGUUAUGUGUUUUAUAUAGCGACUAAUGUCCACCUUCUUCGACCACUUUACUUUAUUGCGUCCGCUCUUUGUGGCUUUGGAGCGUCUUUAAUAUGGUCUGCAUCUGCUGUGUUGUUAUCUGGAUAUGAACAAGGAUGUAAACAUCCGUCAUACAUCUACACGUUCUUCUUUGUUCCCGUCUACUUUAACUUCUUUGGUAAUGUCAUCCCCCUUUUUGUGAAUCCAUCGGAGCCCGCACUCUUAUUCUUAGUGUUAACUGCUAUAUCAGCAAUUGCUGUGGUACUCAUGUUAUUCACUUUUGACUCACCACCAACACCAGUUGGAAGUUUAAAGGAACUGUUAUUCUCCACGAUCAAGAAUUUCAUUAAUUGGAGACUUAUAUUGUUGUUCCCACUUGCUCUUGUUUUUGGAUUUUCGAGGUCGUAUUACUACGCAACCAUGCCAGUGAUGGCACCAAUAGAAAUGACUCCAUACAUCUUCAUAUCGUUUGGAGCUAUGAUGACCAUUUCAACAUUCAUUUGGGGCUUUUUGAAUAGCAAAUUGACAGAACAAUGGACACUUCUUAUCGCGAUGACAGCGGAGGCGAUUGUAGUGAUACUGGGUAUCGUCGCUAAUGAAGUAUACUUAAAAGGGGCAACAGAAGCUCCAUCGGAUGAGGUUGGGUUGAACAUCAUGAUUUGUGUCGUCGGGAUGUUUGGUGGGAUAGCGGACUCUGGUAUGGAGACCAUCACUACGGCACUAAUCAAUAAGAUAUGGCCAAAGCAAGUCGCGCCGUUGUGUGCGUGGAGAGUGGUAUACUUAGGUUUUAUGUGUGCUGAUUUGUUAUACUCUCCAUACAUUAGUUUCAGAGCUAUUUUGAUAGUUUUAGGUGUCAUUGUCUUCUUUGGACUGAUUUGUAACAUCACCAUUGCUUUGUUCUACAAAAAAAUAUAUAAACCCAUCGAAGAACAAAAUCAUAAGGAGGUGAGUAAUAAGGAAAGUCUUCUCAGCGCUAAACAAGACGAAAAAGUGAAGGACUCAACACAAGUAAAUACAACCCAAGACGAAAUAUAA